CUUUCGAUCAGCUGUUGGCACCCACGUGAUGACGUACUGCGCUCACGUUGCUUCCGCUUACACGCCCGACAUCAACACAACAAGAGACGGGAAAAGACGACGGCGCCCCAGCGAUCCAGCUCAUAAAACCCAGUAAAAGGAGUGAGACGGGGAUGUUGACUUGAGGAGGGACCGUUGAAGGGGACCUGAGGACAUGAGGACCUGAGGAAGUUUUACAGGUAGAGUCCUGGUCGGAGUCCUGGUCGGAGUCCUGGUCGGAGUCCUGGUCGGAGUCCUGGUCGGAGUCCUGGUCGGAGUCCUGGUCGGAGUCCUGGUCAGGCCACAGCUGCACUUAUAAUAGUAGUAGUAGUAGUAGUAGUGGUGGUGGAGGUGGUGGUGUUAUGAACCAUGGAUCCUGGAGCUAUGGAUGCACCUGUCACCCUGGUUAUCAAAGCUCCAAACCAGAAAUAUGAAGACCAGACCAUCAACUGCUUUUUAAACUGGACUGUGGAGAGACUGAAGAGCCACAUCUCCAACGUCUAUCCCAGCAAACCGUUGUCUAAAGACCAGCGGCUGGUGUAUUCAGGGCAGCUUCUUCAGGACCAUGUGCAACUCGGAGAUGUUCUCAGAAAGCAGGAUGAAUACCACAUGAUGCACCUGGUGUGUGCAUCUCACAGCCCCCCGAGCUCCCCCCAGGCCCACUCCGAUCCCUCUGCCAGUAGCUCAGACAGUUCAAGCUCCUCCUCCUCUGCGUCCUCGCCCAAUCAGGACACACCUUCUUCCUCUGAGGUUACUGAUGGUCUGAGAUAUCGAGGAGGCCUGCCCCAGUACAAUGCUCCUGGUGUCCCACAAUGGCCUGGAGGUCCACAGGUCCCUCUGCAGGGUGCCCUGCCCGGGAACAUGCCCCCUCACCCGGCCUACGUACCCAUGCAGGUGCUGUGGUGGCAACAGAUGUAUGCACGGCACUAUUACAUGCAAUAUCAAGCCGCUGUAGCUGCCUCUCAGUCUCCCGGUUCCUCAGCUCCCUCCGCCCCGUCCUCCACCCCCCCUCAGCCUGACCCGCCUGUGCAGCCUCCUCUGGGACCCAACCCGCUGCCCGAACCCCCUCCGCCCGUCAACCCCAACUUCCAAGUGAACCCCAACAUCCAGAUGAACGCACAGGGAGGGGCGGUGCUUAACGAAGACGAGCUGAACCGUGACUGGCUGGACUGGCUGUACACGGUGUCCAGGGCCGCAGUAUUGCUCAGUAUAGUGUACUUCUACUCAUCCUUCAGUCGCUUCGUCAUGGUGCUGGGGGCCAUGCUUCUCGUCUACCUGCAUCAGGAGGGUUGGUUUCCCUUCAGACCUGAACAGCAGCAGGUGAGAGGAGAGCGAGGGGCAGCCCAAGAGGAGGCCCACAGACAACAGGAUAUGCAGGAAAUGGAGCGCUUGAUGGACGAAGGUCUGGAGGAGGACGACGCAGAGGAGCCCUCGGAGCGAGAUCGGGCCCGCGCCGCCGCACCUGAACCUGGUUUCCUCACCACCGCCUGGGCCUUCAUCAGCACUUUCUUCACCUCCCUCAUUCCCGAAGGCCGCGCCCAACCUGGAAACUAGGCACCCCCCUCCGAAGCAGCUCCAGAUCGGCACCAAACUGAACUUUUACCGGUGGACUGCCGUUGACGAGCAGCACUGGAUUACAGCGUAAUUAACUAAGAUUAAAGAGGGGGUAUCCAACAUUCAAGUGUGUGAUCGGUUUAAGGGAAAAUGACUAUAAUGAAAUAUAUACACUGCAGGAAAGGAAUAUCUGGCCUGGGUUAAAAAGACUUGAAUUGAAUUUGAGUAGUUUUGACUGGUUUAAAGGAGACAGAUUCUGUAAAAUAGACAGUUUUUUAUCACAUUAUAGUUGUUUUCCUUUCUCAUUUACCCUCUCCAAGUUGUAUUUAGAGCUGGGUUGUCAAAGGUAUCGAAAAUCAAAUUUGUACUAAAAGCAGUGUCGAAAAUAGAUACCAUAUUUUUUGGACUAUAAGUUGCUCUGGAGUAUAAGUCGCACCAACCAAAAAAUGCGUAAUGAAAAAGAAAAAAACAUAAGUCACAUGGGACUAUAAAUCGCACUUUUUGGGGUAAAUUUAUUUUAUAAAAUCAGAGACCAGGAACUGACAUUUCAUCUUGAAAGUCAAGUUCUAGUAAUAACAACAGAAGAGAGAACAACAGACUGUUAACAUCACAUAUGAACAGUUCUUCAGAUAAACUAUAACAUAAACAACAGAACAGGACAAGUUUAUCAAACUCUCCAUCUCACUCCAAAUCACUAAAUCCAUUCAAUUCUUCAUCCUCAGUGUCACUUCUGAGUAACUCCCUGACCUUCGGAGGUAAACAGAGCGCCGCUUCCUCUUCAGUUCCAGUUAGAAUUAUUCCAGCCUUUCUGAAUCCCGACAGGAUAGUUUCAGUUGUCUUUAUGUUUGUUUAAAUUUUAAAUUGUCAGUGAUAGAGAAGUAAUGGUGCGAUCGACUGACACGAUACAGACAGGACAGUGGCUCUUCGUCUUUCUUCUGCUGCCGACAUAGUAGAAAGCGAAGUCACAGUGGUACAGGAGUAUUAGAAGGAGCAGAUACUUACACACGAGCCUAGAGCGCCCUCUCAUGGCAGUCAGUGUGAAAAUUUUAAUUAAGAGCGUAUAGACUAGUAUACACCCAUGGACCACUAUGGAACCUACCUGCACCACUGAGGGAUGACACACAUACUGUAUAAAACCACAUGAGAAUAGAAAAGAAAAUACUACGAUUUAAUGUUGAAAAUCACAUUAUUUUGUCUAAAGAAAUAAUUUUUAUGUUUUUUUAUUACCAUCAUGGUCUCGGAAUCGGUAUUGAGUAUCGAGUCUAUUCCUUAGCAUUGAAAUUGAGCUUGAAAUUUUAGUAUCCUGACUAAACCAAUUUAUAAGAGACGCCACUCUCUUACCCCGAUACACGCCCACUGCUUUUUACUUUUUUUUGUUUGUUUUUUAAUUAAUCCGUAAUACACAUAUAAUCCCUCAGUGUGGCAUUGCAUUUUAGCUCAAAUAAACAAACAAAUCCACGGCUUGCUCUCACAAUUUGCAGCGAUCCAUAAGUGGGGCAACAGAAUGCAGCUCUGUGUUGUGAUAUAACGUAAAGGGGCAGACUUUUAUCUUUUUAAAGUCAUUUUAGACAAAGAUUGCUGUUUUCGCUUGAAUUAUUUCUCAUUAAAAUGCCCAAAAUAUAUGUUUAUGACUGAAGUGCGUCAUAGACUAUUAGACCAAAGCACAGUAUGUAUCUUUAAAGGUGCACUGUGUAACUUUUUGGUUGAGGGUCCGUCACCUGCUUGUGGAUAUGUUAUUGCUCUGCCUGGAAUCGAAAUCCACAUUUUACAAACAAAGCAGUUUCCAAAGUGCUGCAGAGAGAUCAUAAAUUGGAGACAACAAAAAGGUAAAUUGCCAAAAUGUGGUCAUACCAGUCCUAAAACAAUAGAAAAGCAAAACGAUAAAAAUCAUAAAAUAGCAGUAAAUAAGUCAAAUAAAUAAAAGACUCAGAGGACCACACAACUCACGCGGUGUUGGAAUGUUCCACAGUAUGACAUUAAACAGCUCUACCUUACAUUUAUUCAAUUACAGGUGGUUUUAGAGCUCAAAAAUAUCACCUCUCCACAGAUCUGACCUGUAACUUAGUCUGGUUUGUUCUCCAUGAAGAUAGAAAGGUUUAAUGCCAUAGUGUGAAACAUUCCAGACCAAGCAACAACAUCUCCAGGGAGAAAAGUAUUUUGACGGACCCUCCACCAGAAAAGUUACACAAUGCGGCUUUAAUUGCUUUUAUGAUAUGUAUGAUUAUGGUUUUAAGAUAAUUUAGAUAGAUAUAUUAGGCAAUUAAGAGGCAACCCCGCUCAUGCCUGUUUUUUAAGGUAUUUUUAGGUAUUUUUGAGCUAUAAAACCGUCUGUAAUUGAAUAAAUGUAAGGUAGAGCUGUUUAAUGUCACACUGCGGAACAUUCCAAGCAGAGCAAAUGCAAAUGCAGGUGACAAAAUGCACCACUCAAAACUACUCAAAUCCAAAACUGAAGUGAUUUUAACUAAUGUAGAUAUUCCUUUUAUUUGUUGUGCAGAGAUAGUUUUUUAUUUCUAUUUUUGAUCCUGAUUUUUUGUCAUUCGGAGUGGCAAAAGAGAGAACUGUCUUCCAUACAAAGCUGUGAUGUUUGGUGAAGGUGGUGAAGGUUAUAUGUACAGAAACACGAACAUAUACAGGAGUACUAACCGUAAAACACUUUGUAAAAUAAGGGGUCUGUAAGUAUUUCCCAAUGAUAUUUUUGAGCUCUUUAAGCACAUUCUGUAUUUAAACGUGACCUAUUUACACAUAUGAUUAUAUUGCAUCUAUCAUUUCUAAAUAUGAAUUAUGCUUUUUGGAAUAAAAAAAAGCUUGUUUUAACAA